AUGCCACUCCAACGCUCCGCAGAUCCUCUGGUCUGGAUCGACUGCGAGAUGACGGGUCUCGACGCAAAUACCGACCAGAUCCUCCAGAUCUGCUGCUUCAUCACAGACGCGCAUCUCAAUCUUGUCGAGCCACAGGGAUUUGAAACGGUCAUCCAUGUUCCGGACUCCACCCUCGACGCGAUGAAUCAAUGGUGCGUCGAGACACACGGGCGCACGGGCCUCACCGCCGCCGUGCGCGCCUCGACCACUUCCCCCUCCACCGCCGCCGACCAACUCCUCGCCUACAUCCAACAGCACAUUCCAGCCCCGCGCACUGCCCUGCUCGCUGGGAACAGCGUGCAUGCCGAUAAAGCAUUCCUUGCAUGUGCACCCUAUUCCAAGGUGUUGGAUCAUCUCCAUUAUCGCAUCUUGGACGUGAGUUCUUUCAAGGAAGCAGCCCGGAGGUGGGGGAGUGACGAGCUGCUGAACCAGGUUCCCCCGAAGCGAGAGGUCCAUCUAGCUCGGGAUGAUAUUCUGGAAAGUAUCGAGGAGAUUCGAUUCUACAAGGAGAAGCUCUUUGGGGUGGAGCUAUAA